AUGAAGAUCCCAGAUACUUUCAGCUAUGGAAUCGCGGGACAUCCAGACCAUAAUCAGUUGCUUAAAGAUCGGCAGCCUUGGAAAAGUUACUGGAGGACCAGUCAUAAACAUGUGAUGGUGCCCUCAGCCAAAGUCGAAGAGGCAGACUUUGGUGAUUUACCUCGACUAUGGUCAUGUUUCUGUCGAGCUAUAAUCAAGGAGUCGGAGACUAAGUAUCGUGUAACGGGUGUUAAUGUCGCUCAAUCCGGAACAGAUUCUGAUCUAUACAACUUUCCAAAUGACCCGAAUAUCGCGAGAAUUGGCGGGAGAACAAACGCCCGAUACGAUCCUCAAAUAUUCACUAAAUGCGCCGCGGCGGCGGCGGGAAGACAACCAGCUGUGCAUAAAGGGAAGCGACUCGGGUUUAUUAUCCAUGCUCAUUGCUGGGUGCUCUUUAGUCGAGCGAUUAAGAUAUCACCGACUGAGAUCAAGCUCGAAAAAUUUAUCAAAGCUUGCCGAUCUCACUGGCGCAAGUCAAAAUUAGAGAUUCUAGUCGAUUACAAUGCGUCCCUGUCCAUGAGCAGGCCGAACGAGGCCAUACAGGAGCUUGAGUUCGAGUGUGAUAUUUAUCAGAAUCCAGUGAUCAUCCCAGCUCUACAAGAGGUCAUUAUCCACGCAAUCGAACGACCCUUUGCGACUACGUCCCGGGUAUAUUUCAAUAAACUUCCUACAGAAGUCAAUUUUCUCAUCUCUGAGUGGGUCUGCCCGAUUGACUAUACCUCGGACAAUGUUCGAAACAUGCGAAAUAUGCUCCUCGCAUUCAGAUGGGAUCUACCAGAUUGGUUUUGGCUAAGGCGGCUAUCGGAGGAUUUCUUCUUUGAGCUAGAUAUUCUCAGAAAGACUAGCUCUCCUCCACCGUCUCAGAUGAAUUUGCAGAUAUUACGACUUGAUGUGAUGCGUCUCACCUUUGAUCGAACAUGGUAUCCUCACUGUGGACUGGCAAAUCGGCAACGUAUACACAGGAAUAUAGUUGCGAUUAAGAGGGGUCUAGGAGGUACUUAA